CCUUCCCACCGCGGUUGUGGCGGCGCCAUCUUGGGCGAGCGGCCGGGGCGUGAGUGCGGGCGGCGGGCUGGCGGCGUCCUCGAGCGCGUCCUUCCCGACCCCGGUUCUGUGCGCGGACAUCGACACGCAGGUCGAGCUCUAGGCCGGGUCCUGGGGGGCACGCGCUGAGAUGAUGCUGAGAGGAAACCUGAAGCAAGUGCGCAUCGAGAAGAACCCGGCGCGCCUCCGCGCUCUGGAGUCGGCGGCCGGCGAGGGCGAGCCGGCGGCCAUGGCGCUCGCCCUUCCCGGCGAGCCGCCCGCGCCCGCCGUGCCCGCCGAGGACCGGCCGGCCGAGGAGGGCGGCUUCACCAUCGACAUCAAGAGCUUCCUCAAGCCGGGUGAGAAGACGUACACGCAGCGCUGCCGCCUCUUCGUGGGGAACCUGCCCACGGACAUCACCGAGGACGACUUCAAGCGGCUGUUCGAGCGCUACGGCGAGCCCAGCGAGGUGUUCAUCAACCGCGACCGCGGCUUCGGCUUCAUCCGCCUGGAGUCCAGAACACUGGCUGAAAUUGCAAAAGCAGAGCUGGAUGGCACCAUUUUGAAGAGUAGACCUCUCCGAAUUCGUUUUGCUACACAUGGAGCAGCCUUAACUGUCAAGAACCUCUCUCCGGUUGUCUCCAAUGAGCUUCUAGAGCAAGCAUUUUCCCAGUUUGGUCCAGUAGAGAAAGCUGUGGUUGUCGUGGAUGACCGUGGUAGAGCUACGGGAAAAGGCUUUGUGGAAUUCGCAGCAAAACCUCCUGCACGAAAGGCUCUGGAGAGAUGUGGUGAUGGGGCAUUCUUGCUAACAACGACCCCUCGUCCGGUCAUUGUGGAGCCCAUGGAGCAGUUUGAUGAUGAAGAUGGCUUGCCAGAGAAGCUAAUGCAGAAAACUCAGCAGUAUCAUAAGGAAAGAGAACAGCCACCGCGUUUUGCUCAGCCUGGGACGUUUGAAUUUGAGUAUGCAUCUCGAUGGAAGGCUCUGGAUGAAAUGGAGAAGCAGCAGCGUGAGCAGGUUGAUAGAAACAUCCGAGAAGCCAAAGAGAAACUGGAGGCGGAAAUGGAAGCGGCCCGGCACGAGCACCAGCUGAUGCUCAUGCGGCAAGAUUUAAUGAGGCGUCAAGAGGAACUCAGACGCUUAGAAGAGCUCAGAAACCAAGAGCUGCAAAAACGGAAGCAAAUACAACUGAGGCAUGAAGAAGAGCACCGUCGUCGUGAAGAGGAAAUGAUCCGACACAGAGAACAGGAGGAGCUGAGGCGACAGCAGGAGGGCUUUAAGCCAAACUAUAUGGAAAAUAGAGAACAGGAAAUGAGAAUGGGUGAUAUGGGUCCCCGUGGAGCAAUAAACAUGGGAGAUGCGUUUAGCCCAGCACCUGCUGGUAACCAAGGUCCUCCUCCAAUGAUGGGUAUGAAUAUGAACAACAGAGGAACUAUACCUGGCCCACCAAUGGGUCCUGGUCCUGCCAUGGGGCCAGAAGGAGCUGCAAAUAUGGGAACUCCAAUGAUGCCAGAUAAUGGAGCAGUGCACAAUGAUAGAUUUCCGCAAGGACCACCGUCUCAGAUGGGCUCACCUAUGGGUAGUAGAACAGGUUCUGAGACCCCGCAAGCACCGAUGAGUGGUGUAGGUCCUGGUAGUGGUGGUCCUGGUGGUUUUGGUAGAGGAAGCCAAGGGGGCAACUUUGAAGGCCCUAAUAAGCGUCGUAGGUAUUAAACAUUCUUUCAUUCCUGACUACUUAGAGGAAAACAAUACACUUUUACCUGUUACCUAGAAGUGGUUUUAUUGUUAUUGUAUGUAGACGUUAAAAUUUUUUUUUUUGUAAAACUUGAGGUUUUUGUAUUUUUCUUUAUUCAUAAGCUUUGUAGAUUAGAAUGGUAAUGAUGAUACUCAUCAUUGUGAAUGUUGAAAUGUGUUUGUGACUUUAGCUAAAUAUAAGUAUGCCAUAGUACUGUGAAUUCUAUGUAGUUAAUCUCAAUAAAGAAAUCAUCUUGGAUAAUUUUAAAAUGUUAUUAGUGGUAUUCUCUUAUAGUUUUACUAAACUUUGCUGUAACAGUAAUACUUUGGUUGCUUUAACUAAUCCCAGCCAUUUAAAAAUGCAAAUGAUUUUCUGUUUUUUAGUUUGUGCAAGUUGCCCUGAAGAUAGAAGCUUAGUGAAAACUGAUGUCACUAAGGGGCAGACAGAGUAGUACAUU